AAUUCUAUUUUUAGCACUGGUUUUACCCGAUUUGAGAGGCAACAUUUGCCUCGAAGAAGGCAAUUUCUAAUAUUUUUACAAUGCUUAGGACAUACACUAGGAGGGAUCUAUAGAUUUAGGGAUGUACAGGAAGGACAGGAGGGUGGAGAAAUGUCAAGAGCAGACGUAUGAAAGUGAGACAGAUAGUGGAGGAUGUACAAAAGCAAAGAAGAGAAAAAACAAAGACAUUGUAAACAGGGAAGUUGGAGGUAGUGCUACAGAUAUGCCAGUCUACCCCAAGAUAAUGUCUAAAGGGGAAGGUGUUGCCUCACAGGAGGCAGGUACUGCUGAUGUCAGCAAGAAGGAUGUUGAAGAAUAUUUCCCUGUUGACUUUACAGAUGGGGAGGAGGAGGAGGAGGGAGAAGGAAUAGAAAAUAUGUCACAACUGGGUAGAGGAGCUGUAAAAUUGUCAAGGCCACAGCCACCCAAAAGGACACAACUCCAAUCAGCUGGUGAUGCAGAUCAGACACAGACAUCAACAUCCACAGCUUCAUCUUAUGCAGAACCUAACCAGCUCCGGAGGAUACCUCAGGCACACUCGCCGACAUCUCCUUUUUCAACAAGAAUACAGGAGUCCUUUGGGGAACCGGAGGUUCCAUUGACUGAGGAAAGUGACACUGAGAGUGGAGGAUGUACAAAAGCAAAGAGGAGGAGAAAAAACAAAGAAAUUGAAAACAAGGAAUGUGCAGAUGGUGCAACAGACCUGACACCAGAGAACCCCAAAGGAAAGUCUAGAGAGCAAGGAGUUGCCUCACAGGAGGCAGACACUGCUGAUGUUGAAGAAUGUUUGCUUGGUGACUACACAGAUGGGGAGGAGGAAGAGAGGGAGGAAAAAGAGGGGGAGGAGGAAGAGGAGGAGGAGGGGGACGGAGAUGGAAUAGAAAAUAUGUCACAACUUGGAGCAGGCACUGCCAAAGUCAAGUUCAAGACUGUAAAACAACAUUCAUACAAACUUGUGGAUAAAGACACUACAAAACUAGCAAAACAUGUAGUGGGAUGUUACCAGAAGCCACAAGAAGAAACAGUGUCUCAACUGCAGCUGCCCCAAGGGACACAACUCCAUUCAACAAAGGUACACCCACAGCAACACAAAGGGACACAACUCCAUGUAGAUCCGCAGCAGACAUCAUCGUAUACAACUGCUACUUGUGCAGAACCUCAAACAAGCCCAAGAAGAACUAAGAAACAGUUGUCAACAUCGCCCCUUCUACCUAACAUGCCUAGCAUACAAGAAUCAGUUGUGUCAGAGAUUCAGUCACUUGGAGUACCAUUGACUGAUGCAUCUCCUGUAGGCACUCAGUACAACUUUAUCCAAGUACAGCAACAGUUCGGGGAGGUAACAGUGAAGGGAGCCAAGAACCUGAGUAUUGGAGGGACUCAGAACCUUGGUACUCCUAGGACCGGUCAGGAGGAAGAGGAGGAGAAACCUCUGAGCACAGUCCAGAAGAUCAGGAAAAGAACAUCAUCGAGGAUACAGUCAUGGACUCAGAACAUCGUGGAGACAGAAGGUUUGCAGCAGGUGAUUGAUCGGAUUCAGAGAGGAGCAACAUGGGUGACCAUAAAGGGAAGACCAGGUGAGGGGAAGUCUACAGUAGCCUACAUGACCCUCAAAGAUCUGCACAGCAAAGGGAGACAAGUAUUUCAGGUGGUGUCACCAGACGAGUUCAAUGAGGUUAUCAUGGCCUGCCCCCACCCUGUCAUCAUGUUGGACGACAUAUUUGGUGAUCUGGAAUUUGAUGGAGCAGAAUGGGCGAAAUGGAGACCAAGUCUACGGCCUAUUCUGGAUGCAAAAGACAUGGAUAACCUACAUUCAACAGUCAAUGUCGUUGAAGUUGCAGGAACAUCAGAGGGGACAAGAGGUGAGCCAAAACAACCAAAGAAAACAGGACCCCCCAAAAUGGGACCUAUUAUUAUACUUGUAGGCCGUGAUUAUGUUCUGAAAUCCUCAUUGACAGACUUGGGAAGAAUGGCAGAUUAUAUCACUAACAUACGACACAUGGUUGAAAUUUCUACUCAAAGAAACACAGAAGAAAAGAGAAAGAUUUGGAACGUUAAUGCCCAAAGGAAGAAAAUAGACUUCAAUGAAACAAUUGUCUCUAAAAUAUUGCAGGCUGACUGCCCGCAUGGGUUUCCUCAUGUGUGUAAAAUGUUUGUGACAGAAUAUGAAAAGGAAAAGAAUCUGAUUCCAGUUGAGUCUUUCUUCAAUAAACCUCUUGGGUUUCUCAAACAAACUUUGCAUAAAUUUCUGGCAGAUAGCAUUAAGUGUGACUUGUUCAAAGCUAUGGCUCAAAGAGAUGGACAGAUCAGUGAGCAGGAGAUGGAAGAGAGUAAUCCAGGUUAUGACUGCAAGUCAGCUGCCAAUGAUUUAGUUGGAUCUUAUCUCAAGAAGGAAGAUGAUAUAUACACAUUUGACCAUCCAUCUAUCUAUGACAGCGUUGCCCUUAUUCUCAUCAGAAACCACACAUGCUUUGUCAUUGAAAACUGCACUUUGUCAUUUAUCCACCAGCGUCUUCGUCUGAUACCUUCCACAAGAUCAGCUAAUGAUGCUUCUGUGGACACAGACCUUGUGGCAUAUAUUCCACAGUCCUUUGCAGUACAACUAGCUGUGAGAUUUGCUGCUGAAAUUGAAAGAAGGAAUCUGUUGCAUGUCCUAUCACACCAGGCAUGUUGUGAUGCCGAGUUCAUUGACAAACUAAUGGCCGUCCUAAAGACACACUGUCAUGCUUCUUUUCCCGAUAUGUUGAGUCUAACUGAUAAAUCGUCUCAACAGUCAUUUUGUGAAUUACUUUCCAGCAACAAGUCACAACAUUUUCUCAAAUACAUUAUGAUGAAAGAAAACAUACAAUUUACCGAGAAUGGAAUUAAAGAAAUUUUACUUGGGGUGUGCAGGAAUGCUGCUGGCAAUGUGUUGACAUAUAUGAAUGAACACAUGCACUGUGAUAUAGACACUCGGUAUGGGUUAGAUCAUCAAACACCAAUAAUGAUUGCAGCAGGAACAAAAAACAGCAGUUUUGUUGAGCAGAUUCUGUCUUUGAAUCCUGAUCUAAAUGCUGCAGACAGACGGGAUAAGUCUGUCCUUCAUUAUAUUUGUGAAAAUGGCCUAACAUCUGCUGUAGAGUAUGUCAUUGACAAGGGUGUUGAAUUGAAUGUGCAGAUGGCAUUUCAGCAAAUGCCCCUGUAUUUGGCAAUACAAAAUGGACACACUGAGGUAGUGAAACUUCUCUUGAAAAGAGGAUGUGACAGUGACAAUCACAAGGGCCUGCUUUGUGCAAUUGGAAGCGACAUGAUUGACAUGGUGACAUUGUUCUUAGACAGAGGGGCUCAUGUUGAAAGAAAUGAUAUUUUUGUAGCAUGUGAAAGGGGAAACCCUGAUGUUGUCAAGAAGUUGUUUGAAAACAGUGCAACAAGGAACAAGAAAUCAUUUGAUAGACACACAUUUCUUCAUAAGGCAGUAGAAUGGGGAUACAAACAACGUGUUGAUGUAUUGCUGAAGGCUGGAGCUGAUGCAAACGUACAGAACCAGGCAGGUGACAAACCACUUCAUACAGCAGCAAAUUUCGGAUUCCUUGAGUGUGCUGAUGUUCUUCUGACAGCUGGAGCUGAUGUAAAUGUUCAGAAUACUGCAGGUGACACACCACUUCAUAGAGCAGUGAUAAGUCAGUCUAAACAGUUUGUUGAUGAGUUGCUAAAGGCUGGAGCUGAUGUGAAUGUUCAGAAUACUGCAGGUGACACACCACUUCAUAGAGCAGUGAUAAGUCAGUCUAAACAGUUUGUUGAUGAGUUGCUAAAGGCUGGAGCUGAUGUGAAUGUUCAGAAUACUGCAGGUGACACACCACUUCAUAGAGCAGUGAUAAGUCAGUCUAAACAGUUUGUUGAUGAGUUGCUAAAGGCUGGAGCUGAUGUGAAUGCACAGAAUAAAAAAGGUGACACACCACUUCAUAGAGCAGUGAUAAGUCAGUCUAAACAGUUUGUUGAUGAGUUGCUAAAGGCUGGAGCUGAUGUGAAUGCACAGAAUAAAGAAGGUGACACACCACUUCACACAGCAACAUUACAUUGCUCUACUAAGUGUAUUAAUGUGUUGCUGAAGGCUGGAGCUGAUGUGAAUGCACAGAAUAAAGAAGGUGACACACCACUUCAAAGAGCAAUCAUUAGUCAGUCUAAAGAAAGUGUUGAUGUGCUGUUGAAUACUGGAGCUGAUGUGAAUAUUCAGAAUACUACAGGUGGCACACCACUACACAGAGCAGCAGCACAUUUGUCAGAUGAGAGUGUUGAUGUGUUGGUGAAGGCUGGAGCUGAUGUGAAUGCACAGAAUAAAGAAGGUGACACACCACUUCACAUAGCAACCCUACAUCCUUCUAUUAAGUGUGUUGAUGUAUUGGUGAAGGCUGGUGCUGAUGUGAAUGCACAGAAUAAAGAAGGUGACACACCACUUCACACAGCAACAUUACAUUGCUCUACUAAGUGUAUUAAUGUGUUGCUGAAGGCUGGAGCUGAUGUAAAUGCAAAGAAUACUGCAGGUGGCACAUCACUUCAUAGAGCAAUCAUAAGUCAGUCUACAGAGUGUGUUGAUGUGUUUAUGAAGGCUGGAGCUGAUGCAAAUGUACAGAAUAACACAGGUGACACACCACUUCAUUUAGUAACUAAAACUCUGUCAAAGGUGUGUGAUGGCGUGUUACUAGAGGUCAGAGCUGAUGUGAAUAAACUGAAUGAAACAGGUGAAACACCACUUCAUACAGCCUCAGCACAUUGGCCUAAAGAGUGUGUUGAUGUCUUGAUGAACUCUGGAGCAGAUGUGAAUGCACAGAAUAAUGCAGGUGACACACCACUUCAUGAAGCAAUCAUUAGUCAGUCUAAAGAAAGUGUUGAUGUGCUGUUAAAUACUGGAGCUGAUGUGAAUAUUCAGAAUACUACAGGUGACACACCACUACACAGAGCAGCAGCACAUUUGUCAGAUGAGAGUGUUGAUGUGUUGGUGAAGGCUGGAGCUGAUGUGAAUUUACAGAAUAAAACAGGUGACACACCACUUCACAUAGCAACACUGCAUCGGUCUAUUAAGUGUGUUGAUGUGUUGCUGAAGGCUGGUGGUGAUGUAACUGUACAGAAUAAAGAAGGUGAUACACCACUUCACAUAGCAACCCUACGUCCUUCUUUUAAGUGUGUUGAUAUGUUGGUGAAGGCUGGUGCUGAUGUGAAUGCACAGAAUAAAGAAGGUGACACACCACUUCAAAGAGCAAUCAUUAGUCAGAUCAAAGAAUGUGUUGAUGUGCUGUUGAAUAGUGGAGCUGAUGUGAAUAUUCAGAAUACUACAGGUGACACACCACUUCAUAUGGCAGCUACAAGUCGGUCAAAAGAGAGUGUUGAUGUGUUGGUGAAGGCUGGAGCUGAUGUGAAUGUACAGAAUAAAACAGGUGACACACCACUUCGAGGAGCAAUCAUAAGUCAGUCUAAAGAGUGUUUUGAAGUGUUGCUGAAGGCUGGAGCUGAUGUGAAAGUACAGAAUAAUGCAGGUAACACACCACUUCACAUAGCAAUGCUACAUCGGUCUUUUAAGUGUGUUGGUGACUUGCUGAAGGGUGGUGGUGAUGUAAAUGUACAGAAUAAUGCAGGUGACACACCACUUCACAUAUCAGCAGCACAUUUGUCUGCAGAGGGGGUCGAGGUGUUGGUGAAGACUGGAGCUGAUGUAAAUGCACAAAAUACAACAGGGGACACACCACUUCAUACAGCAGCUGCAAGUCGGUCAAAAGGGCGUGUGGAUCAGUUGGUCAAGGCUGGAGCUGAUGUGAAUGUGCAGAAUAAUGCCGGUGACACACCACUUCAUACAGCAGCUGCAAGUCGGUCAAAAGGGUGUGUGGAAGAGUUGGUGAAGGCUGGAGCUGAUGUGAAUGUGCAGAAUAACGCCGGUGACACACCACUUCCUUCAGGAGCAACAUGUUGGCCUGAAGAGUGGGAUGAUGAGUUGGUGAAGGCUCAGGCUGAUUUGCUCUUUAGAAGAAGAAGAAGAAAACAAAAGUGUGUUGUCAUUUAAGAUAUUACAUUGACAAUAACUGUUUUCAUCAACCAACCACCUCAUGACUAUUGUCGGGUUGCAAAUUCUUAUUGUUAUAUUACUCCUUAUUUUUGUCUAGUUCAACAUAUACUACUUGGAUUUCUUGAAUAAUAUUUAAUUUUAAAGGCAAUGUAUCAGUUAUACAGGUGAUAUAUUCCUUUGAUCUACCAAUGUCUAGAACAAGACAAUGUCAAACGAUCUCGAAUGUUCAGGUCACUCCAUCAGGACAAUGAAUACAUUUACCAUGUAAACCAAGUUGCAGAAGGUUUAUUUUGUCUAACUAAUAAAGUACAGUGUUGUAUGA